GGAGCUUCAGUGCCAGCAGUAAUAAAGGGCAGGGCCUCCCCAUCACCUGGAUUCCAGAGAUGCCGGUGAGCACUGUGGCCCCAGGCAGGCCCUGCCCGAGACUGGUUCCUGGAAGGCAUAGAAAUGUAGAGCUGGAAGGGAGGUAACAGGGGACAAGGAAAAAGGAAGGAACGCAGGGCCAUGACAUAGUAAACUCUCAUGAGGGCUAGGAGUCAGAACUCCUGGGCUGGUUUCCUGACUAUGCCAUACGUAUUGAUACCCUGGGACAAUGGUGUGAUCCUGGAGAGAAUUCCAGAGCUGAAGGAGACCCUGCAGAUCAUUUCUUUUGGCCAUUUAUUUAAUUUGAGAUUGAAGAAACAAACCCAAACAAAGGUGUCUAAUAUGCUUACUUUGAAAUCUGACCCAGCCAUUAUGCCAGUUACUAGUUUAGACACAACAGCUGUGUGUCUUUUUGCAGGAGCCUGGGGAGGGGCCAUGGUGCCAAGCCAGUUGUGGGGGAAGCUGGAGAAGCCACUUCUCUUCCUGUGCUGCACCUCCUUCCUCCUGGGGCUGGCUUUGCUGGGGUUACGGCCGGACAUCGUCCCUGUUGCUUAUUUCUUUCUCACCUUGGGUGGCUUCUUUUUGUUGUCCUGCUUCCUGGCCUGUGUUUUGGAACGGAGGUCCCGACGGGUGCAGACCGAGAGCCCAGGGGCCUCCAGCAAUGCACGGGACAAUGAAGCCUUUGAGGUGCCAACCUAUGAAGAGGCCACAGUGUCGGAAUCACAGUGCCACCCCCAAGAGUCGGAUCAACCACCCUCCUAUAGCAGUAUUGUAAUCCCCCCAGGACUUGAGGAGGGACAGCCUAACCAUCCAGAGAAGCCCAGGAGAGCUAGACUGGACAGGCGAGUGGGCUCAGAGGGAUCUGUGACCUCAAGAAGCCCUAGAAGACCUCCAGUCAGCCUGCGGCUUCGGGGACCACGGGUGGCGUCCACUGUUCCUGAUCUGCAGAGCUUGUGGACGCUCCCUAAACUGGAACCCCUUACUCCACCCCCUGCCUAUGAUGUCAGCUUUGGUAACCCCGAUGAUGAUGUUUUCUAUGGAAACAACCGGACACCCCUCUAAAGGACCUGCCCAGGAUGUAUCAUCUUUCUGCACCAGACCCACUAACUCAGUCAUUCAACCAAUGCUUCCCAGUGCCUGUUAUGUCAGGAACUGUGUCUCCACCUGGAUGUCACAAACGAGGGCUUUAUCCCAGAGGGGAGUCAGGCUACGGUGAGCCCUUCCCAGUUUUGAGGUGGCGCAUCCCAGAGGUGUAGGUGGCACAAUUUGAGUCUUCAGGCAGUAUUCAGUGACCUACCCCAUACCUGGUAUUUCCAGAGUUAGGCUGAGGGUGAGAUGAGGAGAUGAUCCAGAGAAUCUAGGGAAGGAAGAAAAGAAACACGAUUCUGAGUGACAGCUCUGUUGCUUCUGUUCCAGGUCCUUUGCCUCUAUUAGAUCACAAAAAUGAGGUAUUAUUGCCCUCCUUUGAAAAAUGAGGAUUCUAAGGGUCAGAAAAAAACUGAUAAUUUGCACAGGGGCACACCGCUAGUGAAGAGCACAAAAAUGUCUUGAACCUUGCUCUUUUGAUCCCACGGCCCUUGUGUUUUCAGUACAAGGCAACAGAAGCCAAUUCAUCCACACAUCUCUCAAUUUCUGUCUUGGUCAGUGACUGGGGAGGGGUGGAAGGCUUCGUGUAGACAGAAUGGGGGACCAUUUGUGUCUGCACACAGGGAGGGCUGAGCGUGACCAGGAGUGUGCCAGGCCUCCUGGAAGAGCAGAGCUAAUCAAAACUGUGAUGGCCACUGCUCCGGCAGGGGAGCAGUUCCUGGCCCGGGGGGCCUGGAGAGCAGUCCCCAGUGCAGGGCCCCCAGCCUAUCAGGAAGCAGUGGAGUAAACUGCCCCACGGCGAGGGGCUUCUGAUUUUGAAGAUGCGUGGAAACCCAAGCUCCUUGGAGAGGGGUGGUUAAGCAUCCAAGGAUCCCUCUUGGAUCAUCUAGUAUGAAGCACUGGAGCCACCUGCACUGUCUCGAGUCGCUUCAGCCUCAGCCCUGCGCUCUGACCGCUGGGUUUUACCCCAGGGCCCCUGCCCUGCUUCCUCAGAUCCAAACACAACACCAGCGUCUCUGUCAUCACGUGCUGUGCCUGUGAUGCAGGCUUGAGCCAGCGGGAGCUGCUCAACCACCGCUGACCCACGCUCCUCAUUCUUUGCGCGGGGACCUGUCUAGCGCCUUCUAGUGCUCUCCUUGUCCUGCUUACCUUGAUCCCAACUGCUCAACUUCAAUAAAGUGAAAAGUCCGGCCA